AUGAAACGAAAUCACUACGACGUGUUGGAUAUUCCAUAUGAUGCAACAGAUGAGGAAAUAAAGAAUGCUUUUGUUAAAAAAUCUCAACAACUGCAUCCAGAUGGCAAAGAUUUCAAUCCAGAAAUGAUACGAUCAGUAGAUAAAUAUGCGCCAGAUGUUACCGAACAGUUCAUGCAAUUGAAAACUGCUUAUGACAUUUUGCGACGUUCAGCACGAAGGAAACAAUAUGAUCAAAUGAUGGGAAUUGAACGUUUGAAGCGUUUCAAUAAACGGCCGGAAAAAUUAAAUCUUUAUGAAGUUGAGACAAAAAGGAACAAUUUCAUGACAAAUUUUGGUAUGUCAGCUCGAGAAUUCAUCAGCAGUGAUUUUUAUGUACGAUUAGCAAAUAAUUCGGAUAAUUCGUUAUUAUAUUUCACUAUUGGCGGCGUAAUAGUCAUUUUGAUACUACAAAGAUUGUACAUCUGGUACUCUUUUCUUGGUUUUAAUGUAUUUUAA